AGAGACGCUGAGAUGACUGACUUGCUGCCCUUGGCCUCCCAUCUGUCCUGACUCCUUGACCUCCCGGGCCACCCCUACCUCCAGCCACCUACACCCAAGAGCCUGAUCUCAGACUGGACCAACUUAGAGAUGCCAGUUGCUCCUGGCAACCCCGGCUGCUGGGGCAAAUCCUGGUGCCAGCAGGGGCUUCGGGGUCUCCCCGAGGCCUGCACUGCUCCCCAGAUGGCCUGCUCUUCUUGACGGCUGGUGCUGCAUCCUGUGUCCAUGUGCUGGAUCUUGAGGGACAUUCCAUUUGUCAACUACCCUGCCACAUGCCCACAACUGGAACUUUUGUUCCAGAGGAUGUGGCUGUGACAGCUUCAGGGCUUGUGGUGGUCAGUGACCUCAUCCAUGGGGCCGUGUGUGCUCUUCAGUACACUUCCCGGGAACCCCAGGGUCGCUGGGUGACUGUAGGUACCUUUUUGUCCCCCAGAGGGCUAACUGUGGAUGCCUUUGGCCACUUCCUGGUGACAGACUACUUGCCUGGAACUGUGCACAGCUUCAUGUUGGGACCAACCUUGGAGCCCCUGGCUCCAACCUCCAUACUAGGUUUGGAGGGCCCCUGCUGGGUGGGUCCAGGGCCUGAUGGGGGCCUUGCUGUGAGUGAAGAGUUUGGGGAUGUGCAGCUGUUUGGCAGUGCCCACCAGCCUCUGGGCUCCCUGGGUACCCUGACUGGGCAUAGCUUUGGCCAUCCAGCAGGUGUGUGCGCUGAUUCACAGGGUAGCAUUAUUGUGGCUGAUGAGCAGAAGCACCAGGUAACCCUGUUUCCCCGAGUUGGGCCACCCAUCUGCUUGCAGUUGGAGGGAUUACAGAGGCCCUUAGGUAUGGCCUGUGCUCCCCAGGGCCAACUGGUAGUGGCAGAUGCAGGGGACAACUGCAUCAAGGUGUACCAGUAUCUUGGAGAGAUGGCCUGAGGGUAGGCCAGCCCUGAGUCCUUUGUACUAUUGUGGAAGGUUAGUGGGCUCCUUGCUUUGACACCUGGCCUUAGCUGGCCUUCUGAUAUCCUCUUGGCAAAUGCUCCUGUCUACUUAGCAGCCAUGAAUCACCACCUCCCCAUGAGGCUCUAAACUGGGCCAUCUCCAUGUCCCUGUUCAGUAUGCCCUGGCCCUUCAUACUCCCUACCCCCAAGGGCCACCAGUCCCUAGCUCUGCUAGCAUAGGUUUCAGGAGUCCUGGGCUUUGAGGUGACACUUGAAGCUACAGAUUCUGGGGUGCUGAGGCUAUCUGCAAGGGCAUAGCCAGGCAUCAUUAUCUC